AUGCGCCUCCUACGAAAGGCAGUUCGACCCGACGGGGAGGUGGAGGUGAAAGUCACAGUUAAUACAACGGAGGACUUGUGGCAUUUGUACAACUUAUUGCUUUGCGGCGAUCACGUGCGCACGAAGACUCGGCGUAAAGUGACGAAGGAAACAUCCAUCGGCACAAAGGCAGCCGAGACGCGUGUCAUUACACUGGAGCUUGAGGUGCGGCAGGUGGAUUUCUCCCCUGAGGAACUCCGAGUGCAAGGCAUCAACGUCUCGGAAAACGAGCACGUGAAACUUGGCGCACACCAUACGCUGUCGAUUAUUACGUUCCCGCCGCAGGACAUUACCAUCGUCAAGAAGGAAUGGAAUGAUAUCACCGAGGCUAGACUGAAAGAGGCGUGCAGCAGCGAGGCUAGGUCUGACACCGUGGCCGUGAUAAUGGAUAAUGGGACGGCAAAUCUACUGCUGGUGACGCCCUCGUUUAUGUACCCCAAGGCGAAGGUGGAGGUGACGAUCGCGAAGAAACACAAAAAUGAUGGCACAGCGCGGGAUAAGAGCAUUCAGCGUUUUUUUAAAAAUGUACUGGACGCCAUUUGUACGCAUGUUGACUUUGAAAAGAUAAAGGUACUUCUUGUAUGUUCCCCUGCCCACAUUCGGGAGGAGUUUUUGAAGUACAUGGAAUCCGCUACCGUGCACGCUGAGGCGGGGCCGCUGCGAACCGUUUAUAAGAAUUUGUCGAAGGUGGUGCUCGUGAAAGUUACAGAUUGCACAAAUGAUGGACUUCGCAAGGCUUUUGCCGAUUCGACUGUCGCAAGUGAAAUGAGUUCUACACGCUCCGCGGAGGACAUGAAGGUUUGGCAAAGCUUUCAUAACACAAUGAGCAGUGAUCCUGAUCGUUGUGUCUACACCCCACAAAUGGUUUACCAGGCGGCGAUGAUGGGAGCAAUAGGAAGACUCAUGGUAAGCGACGAUGUGUUUCGUUCUCGUAGUCCCGUUGAAAGACGUUUUUAUUUGUCACUCGUUCAGUUUGUCAAUAACAGUGGAGGAAAAGCGAGUGUUUUUUCUAGUAAUCAUAUUACUGGUGAACAACUGACACAGUUGGGUUCUGUGGCCGCUAUUCUUCUCUUUCCAUGCCCAGAGCUGGACGAGAUGGCGGUGGUCCAAGAUUUUAUUAAUAGUGAAGAGGCCGCUGCAUUCAUUCGAGAGAAUGCCCCUGCACGUGUGACGGUUUGA